AUGUUUCAGGCAAAGUUUUGGACACUUCGCCAGCACUUUGUGGGUUUUCCCAAGCACAGUGACUUUGAACUGAAAGAAGAGAAACUGCCAGAACUACAAGAUGGAGAGGUGCUGCUGGAGGUGGUUUUCUUAAGUGUAGAUCCAUAUAUGAGGCCAUUCAGCCGAUCACGAAUGAAGGAAGGAGACACAAUGAUUGGAACCCAAGUGUCCAAGGUAGUCCAGAGCAGAAAUCCUCACUAUCCUGUAGGCAGCUAUGUAGUUGCAAACUGUGGCUGGAGGACACACUCUCUGUCUGAUGGCUCUGACCUCAGGAUGAUUCACUCUGACUGGCCAAAGGAUCUGCCUAUGUCUCUGGCUCUUGGGACUGUCGGCAUGCCAGGACUGACUGCUCUCUAUGGUCUUGAGGAAAUCUGUAAACUUAAGCCAGGAGAAACCCUUCUGGUUAACGCUGCAGCUGGAGCGGUGGGCUCUGUGGCCGGACAGAUCGCCAAAAUCAAGGGUUGCAGAGUGGUGGGCUGUGCGGGCUUAGACAGGAAGGUCUCCUAUCUCAAAGAGCUCGGCUUUGACUAUGCCUUCAGCUACAAGACCAUCAGCUCCCUGAAGGACACACUCCUAGAGGCAGCAGCACAAGGAUACGAAUGCUACUUUGAGAAUGUAGGUGGAGAGUUCAGCAGUGUCGCUCUGACACAAAUGAAGGAGUUUGGCAGGAUCGCUGUCUGUGGGAACAUCGCCACCUACAACGACACCGAAUUACAAACAGGGCCAUACAUUCACACUCUUAUGAACAUUAGGCAGCUGCGUAUGGAAGGAUUUAUGGUGAAUCGAUGGAUGCACAAAGACCAUGACUCACUCCAGAGACUUCUGGACUGGGUAAAAGAGGGAAAGCUCCAGUGCAAGGAACACGUCACCGAAGGCUUUGACAACAUGCCUGCUGCAUUCAUGGCUAUGCUAAAUGGAGCCAACACUGGCAAAGCUAUAAUAAAAAAUAUAAAAAUAAAAUAUGAGCAACUCACAAACCAUUGUCACUUUGUGUGUUUUCUAAAUUCAUUGGGUAUAUGUGUUGCCAUCAUACAGCGACAUGGUCCUCAGCUUGAUCUGAAGUUGAGUGAAAGUUAA